UCCAUUACAGUGAUCAUGUGGAAAAUAAUAGUGUUGUGUAUUGUGAUCACGGGCUUAGCUGCCGACAUGAUUAGAUAUGACCAAUACAAAGUUAUCAGUGUUGUCCCGACAACAUCAUUCCAGUUGCGGUUACUUCAAGAGUUGAAAAAUUCAAAUCAAUACAGCUUCUGGCAAGGUCCAAGUUUAGGCAAAGAAGCGCUUAUUAUGGUAUCUCCGCGAAUGCUCACACAGUUCUUUGGAACAUUGGACGACAGCGAUAUGCUGUAUAAAAUCAGAAUUGACAAUGUCCAGAAACUAGUCGACAAUACCAUGCCUAACAACAAUCAGUCGUGGGGUUUUGAUUUUAAUAGUUAUCAUACUCUCGAAGAAAUCUACUCUUAUCUGGACGUUCUAGCCGCAAACUUUUCCAAAAAAUGCAGCGUCGUUGUGGCCGCCAACAAAACAUACGAAGGACGCGAGAUCAAAGGCGUAAAAAUAAUUAAUGGUGAAGAAAAUCCUGGAAUCUUUAUCGAAGGUGGCAUGCAUGGCAGGGAAUGGAUUUCUCCAGCGACGGUCAUGUAUAUCUUGCAUGAAUUAUUGUUUAGCAAUCAAUUCAGAUGUGAGAUA